UUGCGGGGAAGUUUGCUCUGUCGCACAUGUGAGAGAUGCCGUGCAGUAGCUUUGACGGUGUUGUCUUUUGAUAACCUGAAGAUUUAAUCAGCUCAACAAAGCUGCAUCCAGGGAAUUUACAAUGAAUAUAUUCGAGCCCGCGUAUGUGACCAAUUUUGCGGGCGCCGCAAACUGCUUUUCGGCUGUCAGUUGGUCAUCUCAUAACAAGUUGUGCGUUAUAACCAAUGAAGCGAUACGCGUUCUGGGUUCACCUUGUUCUCCUAGUGAGAGUGGAUACCCUCUCCAGUUCAACAAGGCUCGGAUACCGAAUCCAGACAAACCAUUUGAUAUCGCCACAACACCCUAUGACAGCCAUCUUGAGAACCUAGACGUUGAUGAUCGGCACUCACUGAUGCUGGACAUCACGCUUUCACCUGACAGCGCCAAUGCAGUCCUGCACAAGACAUACCAUAGGGCACUGUGGUCUCCAAUGCAUUUGGGUGGCAAGAACCGAUGCCUCCUCGCAACACUUACCCGGGACCACCGAAUUCAGAUCUUCCAUGAGCGUAUCGAGGCACACUGGGACUGCCUGGCAGAACCGUCUCAAGUGCAUUAUGAACAGACCAAAGAGUCGUGGACCGCACCUCGUAGGCAGAAGAAGACCGAGAAGCCUGCUGCCUACUCAAAAUAUGUCUUUGACCUCCUAAAGGAGAGGAGCUACUCUGUGGCUGCCCUCGAAAUUGUAUGGUCUCAUGUCGUGGAGGGUGAUGAUGCAAAGUUGUUUGCUCUCCUCAUGGGGGUCACUCGUGGUGGGCAAAUUCUUGUAUGGAAGGUACCAGCUCUUAAUGGUAACCAGAGUUUCGAAGUUGAGCUUUUGAAGGAAGAAAAAACUAAGAUCAUGCGUGCUGGGCGGCUUUGUUGGCACAAAACAGCCAAGACUUCUGGUCUUUUGGUGGCAGGCUCCGAUGAUGGUAGUGUGACCCUGCGAACAGUAACAGUUUGCUGCGGAGGAGAUGAAAAAGUGAAGCUGGGUGAACCGCUUGCCCUCUGGGAAAGUGACGGGCGACCAGCACAACACGCAGUUAUCACACGCAGCAAAGGGGACAGCUGCCUGGUGUGUGUGGCCAAGGGACGCUUGCUGUACUGUUUCAAAGUGACCGCGGAUGCUGACACAGGCAGGGCACAGCUACUGCACAGCACUGUCAUCCGUGAUGCCUGCGUGGCUUCGAUCACAGCCCUUGACAAGUGCCUCUCAAAUGAGGACAACCUGCACUUGCUUGUAUGCACAAUGAAUGCGGAGAUUGUAAACGUUUACGUCGAUAGCGAUCUCAACUUCAGCAGUGAGAAACUACACAUAGAGCUGCCCUGGAUGCUUCAACCUGUAGGCCUGGCUGUCUCACCUAAUGGCAUCUACUUUGCAGUGUUUUAUCACAUCACCACAAUGGUCCAUGAAAAUACCGUCAAGGAGCCACUACAGCUGAUGAUCUGCAACCGGAGAGAUGCAGCCGAUGUGUCCAAGUUGCUUCUUAGUGAGGCUGGAAAGCACAACACCACAACAGAUAUUCAGAUUGUGAAUGUUGCGGACUGCCUUGACCGCAUUCACUCGUACAGCUGUGGCAAAGCCGACCUUAUGGAGGAACUGAAGCUAUACAUGGCAGAUGUCUGUGCGCUUGCAUCAUUGGACAGUGUCUCCAGAUUUGGACUUCAGUUAUUCUGUUUUCUCAAGCGGGUGGAAGGAACCAUAACCAAAUCUACUGAGAUGCCAGCCAACAACUGUGGGAGUCCUGAAGAGGCUGCGGGGCCAGGACAUGACAAGCACAAGUAGCAGAUGCACAGAAAAGUGGUGACUGGCAAAGCAGGCACGGUCGAGUUCACCGACACCAGCCUAGCAGUUGCUGCUAGCUACCCAUCACCAGCAGGGAUCUGAAAAUAGUUAUCUUUAAGAUUGAAUCAAAUUCUGCCAGAUGUGAAUGAAAUUGAAUAUUGAAUACAUACUUUUCAAAUAAAUUUCAAAUGAUGAACAGUUGUUUUAACAAAUAAAAAUGACAUUCACAUCCUAGUACGCAAUCACAAUGUCAGCAUGCUUCUGUCACAGACUUUUACACGUGACAGAAAAAAAGUAACUAGUUACAAUUACAAUUAUUCUUUCAAAAAUGUAAUUCAUUACAGUUACCAAUUACUGCCCAAUAAAAGUAAAUGAACAAUUACUAAAAUUUAAGCAAGUAUUUGAAUGUCGGUUUCCUCCCUACUUUAUUAACAUUGCACAAUUACAGCAAAUAGAAUGAGCUGACCUGGCUCUUUUAAUGCAUCCUCUGCAGCCGUUCAUAUGCUGUUUAUCUUCAUUAAGAAUUGAUUUUUAAAAUUUUAUUCAGUAAUCUUCCCUUGUUUUGUUGUGAGGAUAGCUGCAGCGAUACGGGAAACUCACUCGAUGUGCGUACUGAAGAGAAGGGCUGUGUAGUAAAGUGCGAACACCUUGCUCACAAGAUUGUGGAUACUCAAUGACGCGGUGCUCGCAUCUGGGUUUUUUUAUGGAUUGCAGCGCUUCAUUGUUGCUGGGACUAGAGGAAGGCACUCCUGAUAGGGCCAGUGAAAAACAAUCAAAUAAGUAAUAUCAAACAGAUGGAAACACAUCCGUUUAAAGGCCAGAAAUUUCUGUCUACAUCAGAGAAGUCACAGACUUUUCUGAAUUAAAGUUAAGAAGAAUUGAGCAGCAGCUUUUACCACCUUUGAAGGCAGCCUAUAGUGCUUCCAGGAAAGCAGAAGGGAAAUUUAUCAUCAGAAAAAAGCUCGGAGGUCAAAUUUCCAAGAGAAGUGCAUAAAUCUGUAAGACUGUCAUGUUUAGGUGAUCAAGCUGUGGUUGCUGGACGAUGAUUGUGGGUAGAAGGCAACCCAUGCACAUAACUACAAGUUAGGGGGACAGGGCUUUAUGAAGCUGUUGCUAGCAGCUUUUACCCAACUUCCCCUUUCUCCUUUGGAGAUCAAAUAAAAAUUGAUAAAGAUGUUGUCAUCCCUUUGGACUCUAAUUCCUGCCAAAAUUAAGUACUCAAAGAUGCGUCACCUGUCAGAGUUUUUUUCGUCAAAAAUAUAACUGAUUACAUGUAAUUGGUUACGGAAUAAAGUAAUUGAGUUACAGUGAACAUUAUCAAGUAGACAAAGUAAUCACUUAAUUACAAAAAUUCGUAAUUGAUUACAAGUAAUUAAUUACAUUUGAUUUGUUAGGUACAAGUCUGUUCUGACAUUACACUGCAAAUGAUGAACUAGUCUUCAUUAAUAUACUUCAAAUAAAGCAUUAUGAACAAAUAAGCAGCUUGUUUGCAUACUCGGGACAUCAACAGCGGGUAUUAGCGGUUUAGCCGGGAAAGUCCGACUUCCUGAGUCAUGUAUGCGUGUUUCAAUAAUUUCUAGGGGUGCGUGAAUAUACAAAGUUUCGAAUACGAAUCAGAGCUAUUCAGUAUUUUUGAAUAAUUGAAAUUAACCACAUAUAACAACCGACUGUUAAUUUCUGGUUACUGUUCUCCAUCUGCUAAACAAAGUAUUGCAAAUUAUGAGAAGUGAAAUGACAACGAACAUUUUUAGAGUAAUGGAGAAACAAAAUGGGUUAUGCAAGCUCUGUUAUCGGUUUUGCGGCAAAAGCUUGCAUGCCAACCUUGAAAAACAGGGGAACUGAGGAACCUGAUUUUCGUUAGCCACAAACAUAUGAAUGUGCACCAGGGUUCGGCUCUUACCAGCGGCAAAUUGCUUUUUCACUCACUUCAAUUAAAAACCACAAAUAUUUUCCUGUCUUUCCCAAGCUCAAUUAUCUUUUGGCUUCAUAUUACAGCCCGUGAUUGUUGGUUGUCUGCCAUUUAAUGUUUCUGACAGUUUAGUAAUGCAGUUUUUUUCUUUUAUGCUACAACCAGGGACGUUUUCUUGCAAUGGGCCCUUUUAUGUGUCUAAGGCACCCAGAGUCCUCCAGAAGCUUUUUUUCGUUUUCCACAACUUGAUAUUUUUACGACUAUUUAGCAUCUUUUGGAAAGUUUGCCACAGAGCAGCCAUUUAUUCUUGGAAACCUUGUUUGCAACCAGGUUUUAAAGAUGUUGAGAGGCUACUGAUGUAGUUUUCUUUUAACGACAAUUAGUGAUCUUAAGUAUAAAACUAAUCGUUUGUCCCUAAUCGUUGCUUCCUUUUGCACCAGUCAGCACAGGCGCGGUACCUAAGUAUACCAAAAUAAGUGUUCCUGCUGUAAAUAUACGUCUGUGCUCGGCUGUUCUAGACACACCUUUCACGGUGAUCCCGUGGGAGCUGGAAUGUUUGAUCAAGUGGUGAAGCGUCCAUUGCUUGCCUCAGGUGCCACUCUGUUUACAAUGGAUGUGCAGCUCAGAAAAACUGUUUCGGCUCAUAGCAUAGACGAUGGCUUGGUGCACAACAAUAAGCUUUGACCACAACUUUAGGGGACAUGUAAGCUCUUUCAGAGCCGAUUACACCUUGUCCAAACAGUGCAAGCCAUGUAAACUGUGCUUCUACUAGAAAUGGGGCUAGAAACGUAUUUGAAGCUGCCCAAACUUUCCGCUUUUGAAUUAAAUCGGGAUCAAUGUCGCUUGCUCUUCGUUCUUUAUUUGCCAAUCACUUUGCAGCAGUGGCUUGCCAUUUUUCUGAUUCGGUAACAUUUAUCGGUGUAGUCCCAGUCUGAUUGUUCACUACCUGCCUAAUCACUUGCUGGCGUGCUCAGUACCAGUAGAUUUGUUCUUGUUGCACACAAGGCUUGGAAUGUAGAUGUUCUGUACUUGGGAUAAUAGCUUGUAGCAAAGAUGCAUUAUCACUAGUCGCGCGUUUACUCAGUGGACCGUCAGGAAAUGUUCAGCUGCGAACAUUCAUGUGUUAGUGUAAGUUGUCACCCCUGCUUUGGUGCAUUGAUUCAAGAGUGUGCCCAUUCACUUAUUCUUAAUAUGUAGUCAAUAGAGAAAGCGCAAGUUUGAGUGCGAGUUCAGGUUGAUAUGUGCAGAUAUACAGAAGACAUAAGUUUGUUUCCCUGUUGUAUUUACAAAAAGUGUGUUACCCCUAGGUGUGUUGAAUUUGGGCGAUGCUCAAUGUGACCAGUGUAAAGCAACUAAAGACUUGUGCUAUGUUCAUCCCGUUCACCGCAACAGCACAGUGAACCCUCUCAUUUUUCUUUUGUUCAGGCUUUCAACACUUACCGUGACUUAUGACAUACAGUCGAACCUGGAUAUAUCAAACAAUUGUACACAUCUAACAACUGUAAGAUCCCUUUGAAAAUGUUUGUAUAAAAAUUUUCGUUUUAUAUAUCGAAUUACAUAUACAGGAUGUCCCAGUUAACUUGGACCAAGAUUUGAAAAUACCCAAGAGCUCUAGAGAAAUCGUACCAACUGCAUAG